GGCGCACUCGCAGUCUCGCUGCCGCAGAGUCAACUUCCAGCGCGUCCCGAAACACACUCACACCGCCAAAAUGUGCGACGACGAUGUUGCUGCGCUAGUAGUGGACAAUGGCUCCGGCAUGUGCAAGGCCGGUUUUGCCGGCGACGACGCACCGCGCGCCGUGUUCCCGUCCAUCGUGGGCCGCCCUCGCCACCAGGGUGUGAUGGUGGGUAUGGGUCAAAAGGACUCGUACGUGGGUGAUGAGGCUCAGAGCAAGAGAGGUAUCCUCACCUUGAAGUACCCCAUCGAGCACGGCAUCAUCACCAACUGGGAUGACAUGGAGAAGAUCUGGCACCACACCUUCUACAACGAGCUGCGCGUCGCCCCCGAGGAGCACCCAGUCCUCCUCACUGAGGCCCCCCUGAACCCCAAAGCCAACAGGGAAAAGAUGACCCAGAUCAUGUUUGAGACCUUCAACUCCCCCGCCAUGUACGUCGCUAUCCAGGCCGUGCUCUCCCUGUAUGCUUCCGGUCGUACCACUGGUAUCGUGCUGGACUCCGGUGACGGUGUCUCCCACACCGUGCCCAUCUAUGAAGGUUAUGCCCUUCCUCACGCCAUCCUCCGUCUGGACUUGGCUGGCCGUGACUUGACCGACUACCUCAUGAAGAUCCUCACCGAGAGGGGUUACUCGUUCACCACCACCGCUGAGAGGGAAAUCGUGCGUGACAUCAAGGAGAAGUUGUGCUAUGUCGCCCUGGACUUCGAGCAGGAAAUGGCCACCGCUGCCGCCUCAACCUCAUUGGAGAAGUCGUACGAGCUUCCCGACGGUCAGGUCAUCACCAUCGGUAACGAGAGGUUCCGUUGCCCUGAGGCUCUCUUCCAGCCUUCCUUCCUGGGUAUGGAAUCGUGCGGCAUCCACGAGACCGUGUACAAUUCCAUCAUGAAGUGCGACGUCGACAUCCGUAAGGACCUGUACGCUAACACCGUCAUGUCCGGUGGUACUACCAUGUACCCCGGUAUCGCCGACAGGAUGCAAAAGGAGAUCACCGCCCUCGCUCCCUCCACCAUCAAGAUCAAGAUCAUUGCUCCCCCUGAGAGGAAGUACUCCGUAUGGAUCGGUGGCUCCAUCCUCGCCUCCCUGUCCACCUUCCAGCAGAUGUGGAUCUCCAAGGAGGAGUACGACGAAUCCGGCCCCGGCAUCGUCCACCGCAAGUGCUUCUAAGCGCCGCGCCCCUCGCGCCCCCCGCGCCCGCCGCGUGAUAGUGCUGUGUGUUUGGUGCUCUUGGUUCGAUAUCGGAACGCAAGCAUUUUGUACGUUGUACGUAGUGAUACCUGACAGAACUGAACAUCUAAAUA